AUGGGAUUGAGAGGACGUUUCCGGCAAGGUAACCCUAGCCGAUGUCCGGGAAGAUAUUGUCGUCUCCCGGUAUCGGUUGGGGAGUGCAGAGAUACUCGAGCUUUUGGCCUUGAUAUCGGAGGAUGUUUCCCCACAGACGAAUCGCGGGCACUCGAUUUCGGCAGAGACCAAGGGAAACUUUUGCUGACACUUCGGUUCCUCGGCAAAGGGGAUUUCUAUUCAGAGGUUGGUGACCUGCACGGUGUGUCAAGGUCAUCCAUGAGUAGGCACCUCCAUGAAGUUGUUGCGGCCAUCAACAAUAAGAUGAAAAAUAUAAGCAGGUUUCCAACGACUUUGGAAGAGAGGCGAGAAGCCAGUUUGGGAUUCUACACACUUUGUGGCAUUCCAAGAGUUCUGGGAGCUGUUGAUGGGACGUUAGUGCCUAUCAUAGCUCCCCAUGACAAUGAGGAAGUAUAUGUUUGCAGAAAAGGUUACCACGCCCUGAACAUACAGGCUGUUGUCAAUUCAAAUAUGAGAUUCAAUGAUGUUGUGGCCAGAUGGCCUGGAUCUGCAAAUGAUGCAGGCAUUUUUGAUAACUGUGGUUUGAAGAGACACCUAGAGCUGAACGAUGUAGGGAUGUUGUUGGGUGAAAGCGGCUAUCCAUUACGCCACUACCUCAUGACCCCAGUUCUUCGGCCACAAGGGAUACAACAAACAGCUUACAAUGUUGCUCAUGCAAGGGGGAGGGUCGUUGUGGAACGAGCCUUUGGACUAUUGAAGUCAAGGUUCAGGUGUUUGCACAAGACUGGGGGCUGUCUGAUGUUUUCCCCUGACAAAUGCGCACAGAUUGUCACAGCCUGCAUCCACCUGCAUAAUUUAUGUCUAGACCGGCAUGUGCCAAUGCCAGGAACAGUUCUGAGACAGGACGGUCAAGAUAUGGACCAGCAGCCACUUGCUGUACCAGCACCAAACCACAGCGGGGUGCUUCAUCGGAACAUUCUUAUAAAUCGAUAUUGAACUGUUAAUUGGUUUAUUUUUUAUAUGGGCAAUUUAAUUAAUAAGAAGAGUUUAACUACUCAAUACAGUGUUGGCACUAUAUUUACACCAGUUUUUUUGCUCGAUUAUUCGAAGAAUAAGGAGGGCUAUACUAUUCGCCCCGGCGUCGACGUCUUGUUAAAGUUUUAGGGCAAGUUGGGAUUUUCACUUAUAAGUCCAAUACCCUUCAUUAAAGUUUUGGGACAUUAAGUUAUUAUAUCGCUCUUGUUUUUGUUAGGUAAGUGUAUGUGCAUUCUUAAAUGUGCACUAACGUUGGCCUCUUAGCUUCUUCAUUAACAUUUUUGAAGGUUGUCUACAAACAUAUUCCAUUGACCAAAAAUUCACUAGUAACAUGUUCAAUUAUUUAUUCUGUAAUAUAACAUGGUAGAUAUAUCACAGCUAUACAUAUCACAGAAGAUGUAAAAUGUUAACAGCAACAGCAUUAAGGAAUAACUCAAUAGAUAAUAUACUAUUUACAACACACACUGAGAAACACAUUUGCCACAAAUUCUCGACUUCAUGUUCAUUAUUUAUAAAGAUGAAAAUAUCAUUUCUAAUUCUGAUGUGAUAUUUUAAUAUGAGGUUACUUCAUAGAAAUUUUGUUAUUUAAGACAUGAACAUGAAUCUUGAAAGUUGAAAUAUUAUUGCAAAAAUUAAAGUUUAAAAAUGAAACAUACCUGUUGAGUUCAAAUUUUGAGACAAAUGUAAACUUUCAACAAUCAUGAAGGGGUUAGUAUUGUUCAUUUUAGUUCAAGAUCUUAUUAUAUUUCACCUAUUGAGCACCAAAACAAGUACUAGAUACAGCCUAUAUUGUCUUCAGGUAUUCACAAGAUGAUAUACAUUGCAAUUGUACACUGAAACAAACAUUUUUUUCUUUGUUUUAUAUGCCUAGAACUAGAUUAUAAGUCAAUAACUAAUAAUUCUUUAGAAAAUUCAACAAAUAUUUUGGAGCACAUAUAAAAAUUCCUAACAAGAAGUGUUCCAUGCUUGUGUGUGAGACAUUUGAUUUGGAAACAAUAGUGGGCUUUCAUUUCAAAACCGAUAAAGAAAGCAAACUUUGUUUAUAUAAAGAUGCACUAAGACUUAUUUUGUACCAUAACAUAGUCUAAGGGUUUCAGUUUAGUCAUUGAGCUUAUAAAUUGUGUAAUACAUAAAAAUGUUUUGCAUGAGUUGCCAUUUACUACAGAAAGUUAUGAAACAGAUUAGUGAAAACUUCAAAGUGAGCCUUAAAGCUCUCACAGAUAUACCAUUUUAACAAGUUUAUUUUUUAUUUUUUGUCUUGGAUAGGGCAAAUCUUUGUUUAAAUGUCUGAAAGCCAAUGAUAAAAGAUUGCUAACAAAAGAUCAGAAUACAGAUUGUCAUAUUUCCGGUUGACAAUUGAUGUUUAAUGGCUGUUACUUAUUGUUUAAAAAAAUGAAUAAAACAUCAGAUUUUUUUUAUUUGAAUAUAAGAUAUUGUGAUCUUAUAUUUUAUCAGCUUUCUUAUAUAGAUGGUUUCUUUGGAUGUUACAACAAUGGCUUGUUCCAAGACAAAAAAUAUCAUAGUAGUCAAAACUUUUAAUCUGUUAGAGUGCAACUUUAAUAUCAAGUUAAAUUACACUAGUGUAAAACUAGUUAAAUUAUGAUGGUUGUAUUGCACUUGAAAAAUAAGCAAAAGCAUGUAUUAAAGGAAAUGAAAAAAAUGUCUUUCGGUUAUCACAUUGGUUGAUGACAAUGUUAGACAUAACUAAAUUACACUCUUUUUAUGGAGAAAUAUUUUCAAACAGAUCAUACAGCAGAACUUGUAAGCUUGAAGAGGUUAUCAUUUACAUGUAUAUGCACUUAUGAAAUGUAAUAGGAUUUUUCCCGAGUUUUUAUGAUAGUAUUAAAUGAAAUAAACUGUAAUGUAACAUGAAAGGGAGUGAAAGUAAUUUGAUUGAAAUUCAUUUAAAAGAACAUAUUAUAGUUAAAUUUUUAGUAUGUAUGCCAUAAUGACAUUCUAGCAAGUAAAGUUAACCAUGUACAUUAUGAUAUAGAAAUAAUAUGUACACAUUCAUAUUAUGUUUAUCAUAUAUAUUAACAACCAAUAAA